GAUGAUGACGUAAGAAGAUCCGUCUCCACGUCGCAGCAGCUCCAGAGAGGCGGAGUAAAACAUGGCGGAAACGGAGGAAAGGCAGGAUGGUGGAAAUAAACAGCUGUUUUCAGGGCUGUCAGAUGUUUCCAUAUCCGAAGACAUUCCAGUGGAAGGAGAUAUCACCAUCCCCAUUGCCUCUCAGUCCCAGGAGGAGGAUUAUUCCACACUGGAUGAACCUGUCAAGGACACAAUAAUGAGAGACCUAAGGGCUGUUGGAAAUAAAUUUCUUCAUGUUAUGUAUCCCAAAAAAAGCACGGCACUGCUCAGAGACUGGGAUUUAUGGGGCCCUCUUGUGCUGUGUGUGACACUUGCUUUAAUGCUGCAGGGUAGCUAUGCAGACAGUAAGGAUAGUGGAGGACCCCAGUUUGCUGAGGUCUUUGUAAUAAUAUGGUUUGGGGCUGUAGUCAUCACUUUGAAUUCCAAGUUGCUCGGAGGAAACAUCUCUUUCUUCCAGAGUCUGUGUGUACUGGGCUACUGCAUCCUGCCUCUUACAGUGGCCAUGCUAGUAUGCAGGUUACUUCUCCUGGCGAGUAUGAACACUGUGACUUUUAUAGUGCGCUUGGUCGUUGUGGCAGUCAUGUUUGCCUGGUCAACGCUUGCAUCCACUGCCUUUUUAGCAGAUAGUCAGCCACCUAACCGCAGAGCCCUGGCUGUGUAUCCUAUAUUUCUCUUCUAUUUUGUCAUAAGCUGGAUGAUUCUGACCUUCAACCCCAGUUCUUGAGUGAUGACAUCUGGUGGAGUUUUAAGAGAACCAUUGUGAAUAUGGACAGGUGUAAAGCUACCAAAGGCCUGUAGAAUUACUCAGCACCUGUCUCUGGAAGAACCAAAACAGUGAUACAAAAUGCCAUUGAUGGAAGAUGCUGUGUGCGGGAGCCUAAGCAGCUGUUCAAUUUUUCAUAAUGUAUAUAGUCCGCACUAAACAUCUGUAAUGCUUAUUUCCUCUCAACUCAUUUCUAGCAAUAAAAGGAAGGUUUAAUUUAAAAGGUGCAUCAACGUGGUGGCAGGCCAGCACCGGGGACUUGUAAAUAUCUUUACUGUAAGGUCAUAAAUAUUAAACUGUAUAAUAUUGGACCUACAAGGUAUCUUACCCGUGUUGACUUUCUUUUAAUUCAGUUUGGAUAUCACAGGCUGCCUUUUAACAAUUUGUUUACCAAGUUCAAUGAAUGAGUCAAAUUGUAGGUGGUAUUCAGAUUUGAGAGUAGAUCAUAUUAUUUUAUUUGUUUACCUUUGAGUAAUUUGAAGUCCUAACAUUUGAAUUUGACAUGUACAUUGGAAGCUAUAACCGAUUUAGUACAAUUCUCAUAUGCAUUGGCUCAACAAUCUGAAGGGUAAGCAAUCGGGCAAGAAAGGUCCAAGGUAGAAACAAUAUUUCUUUCCAGUAUAAAAAUUGUUUGCUUUAAAGGAAGACCCACAAACGUGUCAGGACCAGCACCAACUCUAGCACUUUUUGUACAGUAACCAAUAUUUAAACAUAGACUAUGAGUACGGGUUACUGUACGAAACGCGUUAGUUGGUGGUGGUCCUGAAACAUGUACGUGGAUCUUCCUUUUCUGCAAAGUAUUCUUAUAAAUAUUGGAAUAAAUUAGCGUUUCUACCUUGGUCUUUUGUUACCUUAUUGCUUACCUUUAAGACCAUUGAGUUGGCACUUAUGAAGAUUGUUUCAAUUGUACCUGCUGACUUCAGAACAAGUGUUCCGGUCCAGUGCUUAUGAGCCAAGCGGUUUCACAAAACAUUGAAUUGUGUUAUGUGAUUUUGUCUGUCAGGAUGUGAGUACAUUUUCUUUAUUAGUUUUCAUUACUGAUUAGUAGCACAAAGCGCAGUAGUGGUUAUGGUGCUGGGAGUGAAUCUCUGCCGGUAAAUAAUGUCCAGAGUUACACAAAAUUGAUAUUACUAAUACUGAAGUAUUAACUUCCAUUUUAGCAUACCAGUGCAGAAUGGACCCAACAGAACUAGGUGUCAAACUGUUUGUGAAUGAUUUGAUAGCAUGGGAUGGAGCCAGGAUUCUACUGACACCAUAAUCACUACAGCACCCUGAAAUGGAUAUGGUGAUUAGAGUGUGCCGAUAAUUUUUAUUUUUUAUUUUUAUAUAGGGGCCUAUAUUUUGUACUUUAGUGUGGUGACCCAUUGUUCAGUAAAAGAAAAUCAGUAACUCAUUCUUUGUGUGUAAUAUAUUUCACGUAAAUAAAAUUUAGCAAAAUUACUCUUCAGUGUGAGAGGGAGUCUCCAUGGCACAAGCAAUGCCACUACAGUAUAAAAAAAAACCAAACCCAUAUUUUAGUCAUUUGCAUGGGGGAUGAUAAAUAAUAUGCCUCAAAACUCACUGAAAUGGCAUGUGAAUAAACCUUUGGCUAGUCUUUUUUUUUUGUGCUUUUCAUUUUGUAAAGUUAGAUGAACAUUUAAUGUUUGUGAUGUCAUGAUAAGGAAAUGCACUUUAAAAUAAAAUUGUAUAUUUACCACCCCAGUUGGUAGUAUGUUUCUGGCCUUUAUACAAAGACAAUUCAGAUAUAGCAUUUGUGGGAUGAGCCACCAGUGUUUCGGAUUCCUGUAUUGUGUGAAUCAAGGUAGAUGGCCAAAAGGAAUAGCCAUCCCUUCUCUGAGUUUAUUUGUCCUGUCUAUAAAUAUAAUUAUUCUAAAUGUGGCAUGUAAUAUAUUAUCCAGGACGUACUAAAUUCUAAGCUCUAGGCAUGUGAAACAAAGCCUUGAUAGAUUUGAAAGCUUUGUAGCCAUGCACAAACCUUCCUUAAAAUUGUAAUACAUAAUCUGUGUGUUUCAAACUGUUGCCUGGUAUUAUGGAUCAUCCUAAAUUACAACACAUUUUAAGAAGGUGAUCUCCUCCCAAGCUCCUUAUCUGUCAUAUACACCAUGAAACACACAAAUGUCAAAUUCUAUAUUAUUAUAAUGAAAUGUUUGAAAUGAUUCAAACAGCUCUCAUAAUUGGUAAUUUUGUAAUUCUGUUUAACUAUUGCUAGCAGCUUAAAAGAUUGUCUGUCAUUGGUCUUUUGUACUGACACACUAUGCGUGUGUGGAGUUCUAUGCUAUAGGUUACAUAGCCGCAAAAUGGGGACUCUUAUGUGUUUACAGCUUGUUACACAUUUCUUCAUAUUUCAAUAUUUUCAGAAAGAAAUAUGUGCAGAAUGACCUAAUCUAAAAGUCAUUUUACAAACGUUAUGCAUUUUUGCUAUUUUAUGUUCUAUUCAAAAUUUGUAUUUAGCAAGCUAGCUUCUAGGGGGCAGUUAUGUACUUAAGUGUGCAUGACCUUACAAGACAAUAUGUUUUAAGCUAGGCAAUAUGUAAAUAUGUUUUAUUUUUGAUUUAGGCAAUAUGGUGUUUAACUGACCGUAAUAUGUUUAUUGGCAUAUAUUAUUACACACUACUACUGCUGUUCAUUCGAUAAAUGUGCAGCUUGCUCUUCUGACUGGGGUAAGAAUGAUUUAUUAUGCAGGGGUUGCUGUGAUUUUUUUUUUUUGGGGGGGGGGGGUUUUCUUUGAUAACUGAUCUGUUUUAAAUUUAAAAGUUAAAAUGCAAUCUAUAUUUUUAAUUUAUUAAAGUGUUUUUUUUUUUUUCCAAA